AUGAAUGAACUUUUGUACUCUUCAGGAAAGUGGCCGAGUCCGCGUUGUGUUUUUGAGGGAGAGCAGUGCCAUUUUAUUUUUCAAAAUAUAGUUGAGGAUCCUGGCCAGUACGACCUGCAUGACAAAGAGCUAAUCGAAAGUGCUAUGCGGAUCUAUAACACUCAGUUUGGCGCUUGGUGGAGGGAGUUUUUAGAAACAAGAAUAUCAAACAUCACCGAAGGAAUUAAAGAUAUAUUGCCCCGAGACAAUUAUCGGUGUACAAGUCUUUGA